CUAAUGAGGCUGCAGUGAUGAACACUGAUAGGCUGCACUGAUGGGCACUGAUGAGGAGGCAUUGGUAGGUGGCACUGAUGGGCAUUGGCAGGCAUCACUGAUGGGCACUGAAAGGCAGCACUCAUAUAUGGAACUGAUAGGGAGCACUGAUAGGUGGCACUGACUGGCACUGUUAGGCUGCACUGAUGCGCAUUGAUAGGUGGCCCUGACGCGCACUGAUAGGCGGUACUGACUGGCACUGAUAGGUGUCACUGAUUGGCAGCACUGAUAGGUGGCACUGACUGGCAUUGACAAGUGGCA